AAAAAACCAACCACAGAGAAAGACCAGGGAGGAAGCGAAAUGCAGAUAUAGAGAGAGAAGCAAAAAUAAAGUGCAAAUCUAGAGAGAGAGAGAGAGAGAGAGAGAGAGAGAAGGUGAUGACAAUGGACAGAGAGACAGAGCUAGAGAGUGUAAUGUACACAAACUGUUUGUUAUUAGGGCUCGAGCCUUCAAUCAUCGGCAUCAGAGCCAACAAUGUCUCUCCUCGCUUUGGACUCUUCCGCCACUCCAACCCCAAAUUAGGCGAACAGCUUCUUUACUUCAUAUUGUCUUCUCUAAGAGGCCCUGUUCAAUCCGCAAAAGACUUCGAUAGAGUUUGGCCAAUUUUUGAUUCCGCACAGUCCCGCGACUUUCGGAAGGUUGUGCAAAGUAUAAUAAGUGAGCUUGAAUCGCAAGGGGCGCUACCGAGGAGCAAUUCGAGGAUUUCGUCCCUUGCUACUUGCUGUGGACCAAGAUUUGUGGAGCUCUUGUGGCAACUUUCUUUGCAUGCUUUGCGGGAGGUUCAUAGACGAACAUUUCCAGUUGAUGUAGCUUCUAACCCAUUGCCGGCUUCAUUGACAGAUGUAUCUUUUUCGCAUGCAGCUACACUAUUUCCUGUAACAAAGGGUAGAAUAGCACUUGAACGAAGGAGGUUUCUGAAAAAUGCUGAGACAGCAGUACAAAGACAGGCUAUGUGGUCAAAUUUGGCUCAUGAAAAGACAGCAGAGUUUCGUGGUCUCUGUGCUGAAGAGGCUUAUUUGCAGCAAGAACUGGAAAAACUAUAUGAUUUGAGGAAUAAAGUGAAGUUAGAUGGGGAACUGUGGGAUGAACUUGUAUCUAGCUCCAGUCAGAAUUCUCAUUUAGUUCAAAGAGCAACUUGUAUAUGGGAUUCUUUAUUAGCUCGAAAGAGUCAACAUGAAGUUCUUGCCUCAGGCCCUAUUGAGGACCUGAUAGCUCAUCGGGAGCAUAGGUACCGCAUCUCUGGAUCGUCUUUGCUUGCAGCUAUGGAUCAAAGUUCUCAGGUACCUUAUUCAGAUGUGCUGUCUGUCCAUCCUGGUAAUCUGUUAGAUGACAAAGAACAAACAGAUGGAUCAUAUGGAAAUAGAGAAAAGCCAAACAAUGGUUUUGAUUCUUCUAUGCAAAAUGAUGAAAAAUUUUCUCGAGUGGAUGACAAAAGGGGAAGAGUCCACCCCACUGUUGAUAUAGCAGAAAUUCUCAGGCGUUGGACACAUGCCUUGCAACGAAUUCAUAAACAGUCACUUCAGCUGACAAAAGCCAAUGACGGAGAGGGUCCUGAGCUUCUACGUAGUGCACACGAUUGCAGUACUAGUGGCCAUACUGAAUCAUUGGCAGCCACUCUUUCUGAACAUCAGCAACACUUAACUAGCAUACAGGUGCUCAUUAAUCAAGUGAAGGAUGUUGCCCCAGCAAUACAAAAUUCAAUUACAGAGGUUACAGAGGAAGUGAACAGUAUUUCCUCCAAUCUUCCUCCGGUUACCCAGCAUGAUGGCAGAUCAACCUCAUCUAUUCAAGCUCAGAGCAGCGGAAGAACUAUGGAAAGUAGCAAUGAUGAGAUUGCUGAUGUGACUUCGAGAUUGUCAACAGUACAGCUUGAGAAAGUGUCAGCUAGUCCUUCUGCUUUAAAACUCCCUCCUCUGUUUAGUGCGACACCAAAUUCUUUCGGGAAAGGUGGGAACAUGCAAAAGCGACAGACCUUAGCUCAAACUAGUCAAAUAGAAAAUAUGUCAGAAAGGAAGUCUGUGGACCAGCUGCUGUCAAACAAUCGUAUUGAUACUGCCCCACAAGACAGUGACAGUUCUUAUGUCCAGAACUUAAAGCGGUCUGUUAGAGAGGCAGCUCUAUCAAUGCAAUCUUGCAAUUCGGAAUCGUCUCAGGACAAUCGAUCUGACGAUAGCUCUGAGCACUUCUUUGUUCCGCUUUCUGGAACUGGGUUUUCUCGCUUGGGUCCAGAUAAAAAACUAGGUUCAGUGAGGAGUAAACUGUUGUUUGCAUCUCAAGCCCCUUCAAUUGAGAAUUUUGCUCCCAAUGAUCAUGCUCACAGAGAUUACGAGGAACUAUCAUACAUGUUAAAUGAUUUGGACUCAUUUCAUGAGUAUGACAGGGUAAAUGGUUUUCUCUCAGCUGCUGGGUCAAAUUUCACAGUUUCCGAUUCACAGAAGUCAUAUUGUGACGGGGAGGAAGCUCAGGAUCAAGUAUUCUCACCUCCUUUGCUAAUGGACUCCUCAUUUCUCGGAGAUCCUUGUGAAGAUUUGCUCGCACCAUUAUCAGAAACUGAAACUGCCUUGAUGGAGCGCUAAAAUCAAACUGUGGAUGCUCAGACCAUGAAAUGAUCGUGUGCCAACUGCUUCGAGUCUUGGAGGAUAGAAACCACUGCCCAACCAGAUCAUCAGUCUGGUAAGAAAUUCUACUUUGGCUCUUAAGUUAUUUGACAACGAAUGGCUUGCCCAGAAAGAAGUGUUAAAUCUGAUGGUUGAAGUAAUAUAGACCCAUGGUUUGCCCCUUGGUGCCGGAUGGUGAAGCUUUCUUUCCCUGAAUUAUCCUGUAUGUCGACUCUCAAGGUUGGUUGUCAAUAAACUAGUUUAUACGUAUUUGAUCAAUAUACCGGUUGCAAUUAGAUGAAAUGUGAGUAUUUACAACCUUUGUUGUUACAAUAUAUAUAUUUUUAAAUAUCACCUUCUCAUCACUUAGCUAAUAUGUUCUAGGAUUAUUUUCAGUGAUAUUGAGUCUAUUACAGUUUGUUAUAUCAUUAUAUGUGUACUCAUUGUUCAGAAGUCGCAGAAAGAGAAUAAAUAACUUCAGAACUGACGCAACCA